AACGACAGUGCGCCUGGCCAGGGCACGACCGACGAGGAACGAGCGCGAGCAGCACUGGAAUGUGGGGUAGGAGCUGCAGGUGAUGGAAUUGCAGUGGGCCCUGCCUCGCAUUGCCUCCCCUGGUCCGUGUAGCUCGGACUGCACCCGAGUCGCCCGGCGAGGGUAUUAGAGCGCACAGCGUCGAAGGACAUUGCUGUACAGAUAGCACAAGCAUCGAUGGGACCCCCAUCCCAUCUCACCCCGAAAUCUCGCUUCUCGCAGCAAUAAAACAGGACAUCGCGGAUUUCUUUCUCACACCAAACGUUGCAUUCAGAAGCAGUUUAGAAGCAGGUACGUAGAUCAGCGAUCUUUCCUCAUAGCGGUGACAGGUAUAGAGCUUUAUGAGCUCAUAGAGAGCUCAUAAAGCUUCGGGAUUUCGAAAACACCGAGAAGUGGCCACAAGUAGUGUAGAAGCAGGUACGUAGAUCAGCGAUCUUAGAUCAUAGCGGUGACAGGUAUAGAGAGCUCAUACAGAGCUCAUAUAGCUUCGGGAUUUGGAAAACACCGAGAAGUGGCCAUAAGAAGCAAUCAUGUCGAUGGCAUUUAUGUCUAAUCUACACAUGCCCUGGCCGCUGCCGGCAGCUGCAACCGUGCUGAAGAAAAUCAUCUGUCUGCCGAAUCUGGUUCUGCUCGCAGCCGUGCUGAACGGGAUGGUCACGGUCAGGAAUGUAGUGCUGUUCAUAUUAUCGCUCCAGAUUUGCAUGGCGGUGGCGGAGCCGACGAUCGCAGCCGGAGGAUUUGUGACGCCGUCGGUCGAGGUGGCCAGCGCGAAGCCGUUCCUCACCUUGAAAACGACGCAGUUCGGGCCUCGGAUCGAAGCCGCGUCCGUGGACAAGUUCGGGAACAUCUACGCCACGGAUUUCGCCGAGGACGGCCAGAGCUCGCGCUCGGCGCUGGGCCAGAUCGCGGACGGGUUCUACGACCUGGACCAGGAGGAAUUCUUCGAGGACGCCAAAGCCACCUUCAAUGGGCUGCGGUUUCUGCCCUCGGCGGGCCGGAGCCGCCGCGCGCUGGCCGCGGACACGAGCAACCAUCGCGUGCUGCAGAUCGAGCAGAGCCGGGACGGCGCCAAGCCCAGCAGCCGAGUGUUCUGCGCGGACCCGGCCAUGGUCGAGCCCAACGACCUGGCCGUGGCCUACAGGGCCGGGCGCAUCUACACGAGCGGGCAGAACUACACGGCCACGACGCGCGUGGGCGACGGCGACCUGUGGAUGUGCGCGGCGCCGGCCUCGUUCUUCGACGCGCAGCGCUCGCGCAUCACGCGCCCCGUGAAGGCGGUGCGGCUGGGCGUGUUCGGGCGCACCAAUGGCAUCGAGGUGUCGCCCGACGAGCGCACGCUGUAUCUGAGCGAGGCCUUCAACAAGGACUCGGUCGUCGUGUCCAACAAGAUCUGGCAGUUCGCCAUCGACCCCAAGAGCGGCCUCGUGGCGAGCAAGCGCCUCUUCGUCGACUUCCAGAAGCUCGACGGCAGCGGCGCCGUGGACGCCGACGGCAUGCGCUGCGACGUGCACGGCAACCUCUUCGUCACGCGCAAUGGCAAUGGGCAGGUGCUCAAGUUCUCGCCGCAGGGCAAGCUCCUGCUGCGCAUCAACCUCGCCAGCAUCGUCGCCGCCACCAACCUCGAGUUCGGCGGGCCCUUCGGCAAGACGCUCUUCGUCGUGGGCCAGUGCAACGACGGCUCGCCCUUCGGCCAGGGCAAGGGCUGCGCCGACGUCUGGCGCGGCAACCUGGCGCCCGGCCACGCCUUCCGCAACCUCAAGUACAUCCCGCUCUCGGCCUAGCGCCCGCGGCGCCGCGACAGCGACAGCGACGUAGUCUUUUUGCACCCGGUCGGUUCGGAGUCUCGAGCUCUGCCGAAUCCCCGGCGCGCGUCGACGUUUGUAGGAUCGACUGCGGUGAGCUUAUAGCGAUAGGUAGUCAUCUCUGAACGGACACGACGAUGGAAACGGCGAUGGAGGAUGCUGGCGGCAACCUGAGUAGUUGGCGAGAUGUAGCGCAGUCUCGAUUCUUUAAGUGAACACGCAGUAUGCUAGUAGUUUAGUCUAUCAAGCCUCGAACGGAUUUGCUUGCUCGAAGAACCAUGAUCCAUCUUCGUACUUUAAACUAUGCUCGUCAUGAACCGUAUACAUAUUUGUUCCCCGACAUUUCUCGCAAUUGAACUUGGAUUUAGUGUGUACGCGCUUUGUUUACCAUAUCUACAAUGAGGGGAUACGAGAUGUUCGCCCUGCACAUAGAGGUGCAUAGUCUACGACGCAGACCACGCGAGCUGGCACUUCAGGAAUCGUUUAGUCGAAAAUACUGAUAGAGAGGAUGUAGAUUUGACGGAAAAAUAUCAAUCGAGAUUGUCCAUAUUCACGUCAGAUG